AAAUUUGUAAGGUUAUAAUUUUCUUUCAGAUUUUUGAAGGAUUAUUUUUUAAAAUAUCAGUUUUACAGAAAAAGCGAGCAGAAUAUACUUAAAAAUACUGAUUAUUUUUGUUAUGGAAACAAAUUAAUUCUAUCUGUGGCAUAUUGUCUAGUUUUGAACAAAUUUAAACAAGAUGCCAGCAGUACCUGGUGGCGUAUAUUCUCAGCAGGGUCCUUCCUGCUUCGACAAAAUGAAGACGGGCUUUCUUUUGGGCUUCUGUGUAGGUAUGGCUAGUGGAGCAUUAUUUGGAGGCUUUUCGGCACUAAGGACUGGACUAAGAGGUAGAGAGCUAGUAAACACAGUUGGCAAAGUAAUGCUGCAAGGAGGUGGUUCAUUUGGGACAUUUUUAGCUAUUGGUUCUGGCCUUAGGUGCUAGUACUCGGAAGACUGUUGUAUAAAGUGGGAAGUUUUAUUUUUUUUCCUGAUGUAGAUAUUAAUACACUGUAUUUGUUAUUAGUAAUAAAUUCAUAAUAGUUGUGAA